CACUGUAGAACUACAUUUCCCGGUUCCAGUCGGCUUUGCAGUGUUGUUAACGGAUAACCUGGGCUCGGGCAUACUGCAAUAACUCUGGAGCUGGUUGCAAACAGCUCCUUCGUCGUUGGAGACGAUAUACCGAUCCCUCUGCUGUUUAUUGCUGACAACUGUGAGAAAUGUCAGAGACGUCAAGUGAUGCAGAGUCGUCCUGUGGCUGGACAAUUAUUAGUAAUGAGGGUUCAGAUAUCGAGACACUGGGGUUGGAGGCUGCAGUGGAAUAUGCAGCUGAGGUGUUAGAGUGCCCUCCAGUGGAGGAAGAAAAGCUACAAGACACACAGGCCUCUGCAUCUGGUGAUGGGCGUGUUGAAGAGAGAAGUGCUGAUUCACUUGACGACACACUGGGAGAAAGAAACGUAGUUGAGACACUGUGUGCAGCCGAGGCUGGAGACAAAGCUGCGGGGAAAGAGCACGUGUCUUUGUUGUCCUCCAGCGAUCACUCCGACAUUGUGACUCUGGGAGACUUGAAGGAGGACGAGCACGCAGACGUGGAGGAAGAGGCAGCAGCCAGCGAGGAGUUUUACCUCGGCACGUCCUGCAGCAGCCAGUACACCUUCACUGCUGCAGACACUGCAGGUUUGAUGAUGAGUCACUGGAAACUUCCACAGAGUUUGGUGAACUUAGGCCACCAUCUGAGAAGUCAGCUCACUGGAGGCCGCUCUUUUGCAGUUUUCCCGGCGCAGCAGCCCACAGUGACAAACUCAAGCAGCAGUGAGGACGAGGCAGGGCGAAGUGCUAGUACCGUCAUACGAAGACGAAGGGUGAGGAAGAGUACUACGAGCGUUGUGACAGAGCCCGAGGAGGAGGAGGAGGAGGAGGGGCUGGAAUCUGGUCUGAGUGAAGAGGAGAAGGAGGAAGAAGAGGAGGUUCAAGAGGAGAAGCUACAAGAGGAACAGGCUGAAGUUAGACCUGCAGCCGCUCUGGAUGUCCGAAUCCAAGGACAGGGCAGCAGCAUCCUCAACAAGUGCAUCCUGCUCGCCCUCAUCAUAGCCAUCAGCAUGGGCUUUGGUCACUUCUAUGGCACAGUCCAGAUUCAAGAAAGACAGAAAAUUGUGGAGAAGAUCAGAGUGAAUGAGCUCGAUGGUGUGAGGGAUCUGCUUCAGCAGCAUGUUCAAGAACAGCCUUUCACAAACCAGUGGGGAGACUUAAGCCUGAAAGAUCUGGAUGAGCAAAAGGUCAUUUCGCUGCUCACAGAGGUGAUUGAGAAGAUAAAGAAAGAGAACCAGGAGAUCAACAUCAAACAGGCUCACGUUCAGGCCCAGAGGGACAACCUGGAAAUGUUGCUGAAACAGAAAACUGAGGAGAGGACUAACAUCGUGGCUCAGCAGCAGAGGCUGACAGCUGAAAACCAGCGGCUGAAAAACUCACUGGAACGUGAAGAAAAGUCUUUGUCCACCUUACAGGAGGAGCUGAGAAACCUGCGCUCUAAGAUUAGAGAUCUGGAGGCGAUGGGAGCUGGAGCCGACACGCUGCUGUCGGAAAACCAGAGGCUGAAAGAGCAGCUGGAGGAGGAGAAGCAGCUGAUCAGAAACUUCCACGCUCAGAGGGACGACUUCACGGCUGAAGCACAGACACUGAGGAAGAAGCUCGACAAGGAGAAGAGGAUCACGGAUGAGCUGAGGAGAGAGAUGAAUCUUCUGAGAAGUCACAUCCCUGGAGCUGGAAAGGAUGCCGGUACAGAGGCAGACGAGCUACAGUCACGUCUGAUGGACCUGGAGAAGAGACUGAGCUUCGAACAACAACGUUCUGACCUGUGGGAGAGGCUGUAUGUGGAAACCAAAGAAGAAAGAGCCAAAGGAGACACAGAGUCCAAAGUGAAAAAACCAAAAGAGGGCAUGGCAGGGAAAGUGAAGGAGACAUUUGAUGCUGUAAAAAACUCCACCAAGGAGUUUGUCCACCACCACAAAGAACAGAUUAAGAAAGCAAAGGAGGCUGUGAAGGAGAACCUGAGGAAGUUUUCAGAUUCUGUCAAAUCAACUUUUCGACACUUCAAGGAUUCAGCUUCAACCUUCAUCAACAAGGCCAGAGGCUUUUAUAAGAAGAGAUGUGAUGACAAGAAUACGAAAGAGUCAUGGCAGCACAGAUCCCACAAGCCUCAUCACAGACACUCGCACAAAUAUGACGACUCCUUCCGGAGCAACCACAACACUCGGAAAUCAGGGUAUAAAGUUCACGAAGAUCGAGGUCAAAGCAGCCACAAAGCCAGCUUGAAAGGAUGCGCCGGGGUUUUUGACUGCGCCUACCGGGAGUCUAUGAGUCUCUUCAACACGGCCAUGGAGCCAAUCAGAGCGGACGAAUUUUACCAGCUGCUGCAGAGCUACCUGCAGCAGGAGGUCGACCACUUCCACCACUGGAAGGAGCUGGAGAUGUUCAUCAACAACUUCUUCCACAACGGAGUGUUCAUCCACGACCAGAUGCUGUUCACGGACUUCGUCAGCGGUGUGGAGGACUAUUUGGUGGACAUGCACGAGUAUCACGGGCUCGACGAUGACGUGUUCGGAGAUCUCGAUGACUACGUCUACAGGCACUUCUUUGGAGAGGCUUACACAAAAAGCUAUGGCCCGAGUGGGCCGUUUGAAAGACCCGACACAGACUCAAAGGAGGAGACACGGUCAAAGCAUCAACAGCGUAAGCAGCAGAGAGCCAGAUCUCGACCACACAGCGAACGCAAGUGGAGCAGGUCAGGAAGAAACGCAGACAGACACAUGGCUGAUGUCAAAAUAGAACUGGGUCCGAUGCCAUUUGAUCCCAAAUACUGAAAAUAGCUCCCUUGGUUUAUUAUUAUAGUUGCAAAUUCUAUUUUGGGUUGUAUUUAGAUGCAAAGUCUCUUUUUUUUUUGUAAGUUUGCACAAUAUUAACUUUUUAAUGCUACUGAACGUCCCUGAGCUGUUUGGUGUUUAGUGAAGUAAUCAUCAUUAGGUUUGAAUGAAAGAUGUGGCAUAUCCUAUGUCAUCUACACAUUCAUAACAUGAGAGAUAUGUGUUCAUUUAACAUUUUACAAAUGUUAAACUCUCUUAAAUUGAUGGAUUUUUUUUCUGCUGAAACACCACUGAUUCUCAUCUUCAACCAUAGCACUUCUCUUUAAAAAUAUUUAGCAGAAAAUGUUAAUUGUGAACCCAACUGUUGUGCUAUGUUGAACAAAAAUGGAAAAAACUAAAACAAAACACAGACAUGCCACAUUUAGGAUGUUUCCAUGUACAGCCAUAUAGUUGUUUUAAUUUGCUGCUACAAAGACAGGUUUGAGUGAUGUGGUUGUAAUUUGCUUUCAGAGCUAAAAUGCUGUUUUCUAACAUUCCACCUCAAGCUUGUUUUAACUGGACCUGGAAGUUUUACUUUUACACGAAUUGGAAAAAAAAAAAGUCUGGAAAAAUAAUUUCACACCAAAUUUAAUUAUGAUUGAUGAUGACACACAUCGACAGAUGACAGCAUUUGAGUUUAAAAUAUUUAUUUCAGUGUGAAAUCAUAUGACUUUCUCAAAAAGGAAGGAAACUGCCAUUGUUCCAGUGUUUGUCAGUGCCUUUCAUAAAUAAAGAUGCUUCCUCCAACUCUU